AAAUAUAUUUAAAGUAUUUCUUAAAAAUUGAAAAUUAACAGUUCAAUGAAAUCUUUGAAAAAGAUGAAUCCUAAUUUUUUGAAGCCACCUGAAGAAUUUUUGAAAUCCACAGAUUCUUUUGGAAGUUUCGUAUUACGAGAAAAUCCUCUUUGGAAUCGUGGUAAUGAAGAAAAUGAAUUUUCCCUAAAAAUGAAACAGUACAAUUCUAUCUCAAAGGCGCUGAUCUCAGCUGUAUCACGAAAUAAAAAAAAGAAGACUUUUUCAAAAUAUCCAACUAUGGUAAAAACAUCAGCUUUAUUGUACGAAAUAACAGACAGAACUAAUCGAUUGGCUCAGCCAAGGCUUCGUUUAUAUUCAGAUGAAAAAAAUCCUCAGAGAACAGAAGUUAAAAGCAAUCACAUUCCUGAAGCAACUCCCCGAGUAAUUGAACUCUCUCGGCCAAGAAUAAUUUUUAAACUGAUUUCGCAACCUAAAUGUAAUGUUUCUCCGCGAGCCUUGACAGCUGUUGGUUCGUUUUUAAUGUUUUCUUGGAAAUAUAUUUAUUUACCUGCUACACAGAGGAUAAUUGAACUUUCGAAACCUAAAAAAACACGCAAUUCGAGCUUGCAUCGGAAUAAGAGGCAAAAUCAUCAUACCCCUUGUAGUGCUAGGAUUGAAUAUCUUUCGAAACCAAGACUUUUUCAUCAAAAAAUGAAAAGAAAAUCAGCCAAAGGACAAAAGUCUUAUUUUCAAAAAAAAAAUAAAAAGAGGAAUUUGAAGAAGAAGUCACGACAUAAUACGUAUUCGAAAAGUUGCAACAAGUAUACUAAAUUAGGACGACAAAAUAAAAAGAGAAAACGAUUCCUCAAAGCCUCGGGCUCGAGCAGAUCAGUGAUUAUAUUCCCAAGUUUCGAGCAAUGUAACCAUUGUCCCGAAUCUCGAGGACGUCAGUGUAAAAAAGGACAAAAAGAAAAUUAACUUGGGUAAAAAGAAUAAAGGAGAAUCCUGUAACGACAUUAAGUAACAGUGAU